AUGUCGCCUUACCAGUACCUCUUCAAGUACAUCAUCAUAGGCGACACAGGAGUGGGGAAGAGCUGCUUGCUGCUGCAGUUCACUGACAAGCGCUUUCGAGUGGACCACGACUUGACCAUUGGUGUGGAGUUUGGCGCGCGGCUGGUCUCCAUAGACGGCCGCCAGAUCAAGCUGCAGAUCUGGGACACGGCGGGCCAAGAGUCCUUUCGCUCGAUCACCCGCUCUUACUACAGAGGCGCAGCAGGGGCGCUGCUGGUCUACGACAUAUCCCGGUGA